AUGUUUCGCAUAAGCAACACCGUGGUGGGAAUCCUCAACUGCUGCACUCUAGUGGUGGGCCUGGUGGCCAUCUCCGCCUCCGUCUUCUUCCACCUGUACGGCGGCGCCACCGGCUGCCAGAGAGUGCUCCAGACGCCUCUCCUGGUGCUGGGCCUGGCCUUCUUGGUGCUAUCCCUCCUGGGCCUGGUGGGCGGUUGCUGCAGGCUCAACUCGGUCCUCUACGUCUACUUGGCCCUCGUCUUCCUCAUCAUCCUGGGUCUCAUCGCUUUCACCAUCUUCGCGCUUUUGGUGACAAACAAAGGGGUGGGACAGUUGGUGUCCGGACGAGGCUACAAGGAGUACCGCCUCACGGACUUCUCCCAUUGGCUGCAGCGCUACGUCCUGAAUGCCCACAACUGGGAUCGCAUUCGAACUUGUUUGAUUGACGCCCACGUUUGCAAUAAUGACACCCACCAUAACCCCUCAUUCCGCCACUUUUACAUCAACAAUUUCCAUCUUAUUCAGUCGGGUUGCUGCAAGCCGCCAUCCUACUGCGGAUUCAUAUACAAGAACGGGAGCGUGUGGGAAGUACCGAAAUCGGGGCCGGCGGUGGGAGACAGCGACUGCACAACGUGGAGCAACGAGGAGGAGAAGCUUUGCUUGGAGUGCAAGUCAUGUAAGGUGGGAGUGCUGGGGAACAUGAGGAAGGAGUGGAGGCAUUUGGCAAUAUUCAACACCUCUCUUCUCGUCCUCCUCAUCUUCGUCUACUCCGUUGGCUGCUGCGCCACCAGGAACAACCGCUCCGAUUUCAAGUACCCAAUACAUAAUAGAGGAAGCCCUUGA